CCCCCAGACACAAUGAGUGCCAAAUUCGGCCUGAUGAACUACAACAACGCCCGGAAGCAUCUGUCUAUCUCCAUCCCGUCAUCCAGCGAGGCCAUGAUGUCUCCGCACAUUAAGUCUGUGGAGGAGCUGAGAGUGCUAGGCAUCAACCUGAGCAGCUUCAACACAGCUACCCAGUUCUGCAUCUGCACGGCGGGCGUCUUCCUCUUUUACCUCAUCUAUGGCUACCUACAAGUAAGCAGGGGUGUAUUUAGCCCUUGAUCAUGACUCUCAGUUCCAUUAGAUUACACAUAAGUGUAUUUGGAUGAAGGCGUCUUCUGUAGGGGAGGGGUGUUAAUGCAUUGUUUGCAGUUUCAAAUCAAAUUUUAUUUGUCACAUACACAUGUUUAGCAGAUGUUAUUGCGGGUGUAGUGAAAUGCUUGUGCUUCUAGUUCCGACAGUGCAGUAAUAUCUAACAAGUAAUAUCUAACAAUUUCACAACAUAUACCUAAUACACACAAAUCUAAGUAAGGAAUGGAAUUUAAGAAUAUAUACAUAUAUGGACAAGCAAUGACAGAGCGGCAUGGACUGAGAUACAGUAGAAUAUUAUAGAAUACAGUAUAUACAUAUGAGAUGAGUAGUGCAAGAUAUGUAAACAUUAUUAAAGUAACUAGUGUUCCAUUUCUUAAAGUGCCCAGUGAUUUCAGAUAGGCAGCAGCAGCCUCUAAUGUGCUAGUGAUGGCUAUUUAACAGUCUGAUGGCCUUGAGAUAGAAGCUGUUUUUCAUUCUCUCAGUCCCAGCUUUGAUGCACCUGUACUGACCUCGCCUUCUGGAUGAUAGCGGGGUGAACAGGCAGUAGCUCGGGUGGUUGAUGUCCUUGAUGAUCUUUUUGGCCUUCCUGUGACAUCGGGUUCUGUAGGUGUCCUGGAGGGUGGGUAGUUUGCCCCCGGUAAUGCGUUCCUGCCCCCGGUAAUUUUGCCCCCGGUAAUGCGCACCACCCUCUGGAGAGCCCUGUGGUUGAGGGCGGUGCAGUUGCCGUACCAGGCGGUGAUACAGCCCGACAGGAUGCUCUCAAUUGUGCAUCUGGAAAAGUUUGUGAGGGUUUUAGGUGCCAAGCCUUUGUUGCGCCUUUGGGAUGGUUUUGGAAGCAUAAGGACCUUAUAUUUCAUUAGCAAAAAAAAAAAAAAAGGUUAAAUUGAUACACAACCUUGUUAGGGUUAGUGUUCCUACACAUAUCUCCAUGUUACAGUGCUUGUUUACGGAAAACAGGCGGAAGACAAGAGGAGACCACCUGUGCUAAUUAGCUAUCUAGCAUGAACUGAACACCUGUGUGUAAGCGUAACUCUGGAAGUGUAGCGGAAGUGUAGUUUCGUCGGAUGGAGGCACCCAUAGCUGUAUGGAUCUGUAACUGCUACAGUAAGUGUAUCUUUUUUAUUUGAAGGAUUCUUUCUCGCUGAUGCAAGAUAAGGACCAUAUGUUUCGAAAGCCAUAUCGCAAGAGAUUAUUAUUGAAGUUUCUAAAUGUUAAAACACAGCAUUGGGAUUGUAGUUCACAUGAGGCAGUUGUGGGCGAAGCUAAUGGCUGAGAACUGUAGAGAGGAGGCAGAAUACCACCUAGAGUUUUCGAGAGCUAGGGUGUAUUCACUAGGAACCAAACAGAAGUGAAAAGGGAGGGGCCUACCUGAAUAUAUCCAAUAGAAACAGUUGUGAAACAUUUUACAACUCUUUUCAGCUGUUUACUUCGGUGUUCAGAUAUUAGGGCAUUGGGUAGCUGCUUUUAGCAACGCUAGUACUUACACACUAGCGUUGCUGAAAAAUAAAAUAAAAUUUCAACUUACUGUGUUGAUUGUAUGUAGGCUUGGUCCUUAUGCAGGGGGGAAUUUGAAAAAAAACAACAGCUAAUGGAAUGUAUAAUUUAACAGAAUUUCCAAACGUGGGUCUACAAUAGACGUGGGUCUACAAUGUUCCUCAGUGCGGUCACCCACAAAAAAAUACUAUAGUGCAUACUAUGGUAGGAAUACUAUAUUAUUCACUUUAAUGUUUUUGCAGACUUUACUGUAGUAUUCACUGUAGUGUUUUUAGUGAAUACUGUAGUAUUUACUGCAGUAUACUGUAGUAUUUAUAGUUUACUAUAGUAUAAAUACUGUAGUAAAAAAUAGUAGUAUAUACUAUAGUAAAUAGCUCCUGAGUGGCGCAGUGGUCUAAGGCACUGCAUCGCAGUGCUAACUGUGCCACUAGAGAUCCUGGUUCAAAUCCAGGCUCAAUUGGCCCAGCGUCGUCCAGGGUAGGGGAGGGAAUGGCCGGCAGGGAUGUAGCUCAGUUGAUAGAGCAUGGCGUUUGCAACGCCAGGGUUGUGGGUUUGAUUCCCUUGGGGGGCCAGUAUAAAAAAUUAAAAUAAUAAUGUAUUCACUAACUGUAAGUCGCUCUGGAUAAGAGCGUCUGCUAAAAUGACUAAAAUGUAAAUGUAAAUGUAAUUAUAGUGUUAUUGCAGACAAGUAUACUGUACUAUUUACAGUAGUGUUUUUGCAGACUGUAGUAUACUUAAGCAAUAAUGCACGAGGGGGUGUGUUAUAUGGCCAAUAUACCACGGCUAAGGGCUGUUCUUAUGCACGACGCAACACGGAGUGCCUGGAUACAGCCUUUAGCCGUGGUAUAUUGACCAUAUACCACAAACCCCUUGAGGUGCCUUAUUGCUAUUAUAAACUGGUUACAACGUAAUUAGAGCAGUCAAAAUAAAUGUUUUGUCAUACCCAUGGUAUACGGUCUGAUAUACCACGGCUGUCAGACAAUCAGCAUUCAGGGCUCGAACCACCCAGUUUAUAAUGUAGUAUUUACUGUAGUGUUUUUGGGGACAUUACUGUAGUAUUUACUGAUGUGUAUUUGUUUUAUUAUCUUUGACAUAGAAGUGGGGGGCUUUCUCCUUGAGGAGACCUACUGGAGAAAUAAUAAAAGAGCAAAUGUUCCAUAACCUGUACGUUGGUAGGACUGUGUUCUGAACGGAGAGUUCAGAGCUUCUGCUCUUUUCUAUACCCAUAGGGAACACAAUAUAUGGUCUAUACUUGGCAUGUAGCCCUGUGUAGCUCAGUUGGUAGAGCAUGGUGCUUGCAACGCCAGGGUUGUGGGUUCGUUUCCCACGGGGGGCCAGUAUGAAAAUGUAUGCACUCACUAACUGUAAGUCGCUCUGGAUAAGAGCGUCUGCUAAAUGACUAAAAUGUAGGUUUUUCACUUACUGGUGGCACAAAUUGGGAUAUGGGUGAGGGGAAUCGGCAGGGUAUAUGCAAAUUAAAUACUGUAGUAUUUAUAGUAAUAUACUUCUGCUGACAUUUCUGUAGUAUGUACUAGUGUUUUUUUGUGGAUAAUACUGUAGUAUUUACUGUAGUAUUCUACAGUAUACUACAAAAUGCUAUACUACGUUCUACACAUGAUCGAGGGACACUGCAGUGUGUAGUAUUUUACAGUAUACUAGUGUUGCACGGUAUACCGAAACUUCGGUACUUUUUAGAUACAAAACGGUUCGGUACUAUAAUUUUUGUUACGUUCGGUACUUCUGUCUAAUGUGUCUCACCUGAUUCAGAGGACCAGGUCUGCCUAUCAGUGCAGCCCCGUUAUAGCCUGCUCCACGUACUCAUUCAUUGCUAGAGCUGUCUGGCUGCAUUGUUAGCUCCCCACUCAUGCUGCACAGAAGUUAACACACUUGAAUAAUGCAACACAGCAUGUAGAAAUUUUGAAACUGUUCAUUAAUGUUCGCAGAACAAUGUCCAUACAGGCAACAACAAAAAAAUACAAUGCAAGACGAUACCGGUAGCUUCCAGCGUUAAUUGUAGUCGAACUUUCCUUGCUAGCUUACAGCUGAAGCAACAUCAAUUCACUACCCUAGUACUUUGUUUGUGAUAAUAUGCAAACCAUAGCGCAAAAUAUGCUGAUUUGAAAGCUGAUUUAUUGUCACAAUUUUUUUUAUUAAUUCACAUUGUUUCCCUCGCCACCAAAAACUCAUUCACUUCGUCUCCCUCACCUCCCGUCUGGUUUCACUAUAUUCCAUAGCCACAAAAUCAGAUUCCACAGCUACAUUCUGCCUUGCAAAUUACUACUUUCUUAAAGAGACAGCGCACACUUUUCUAAAAGAAGAGAUUGCUUUUUCUAUGCAAAUGCUCUACAAUAAAAUAAUAUGUUCUCCUAGCAGUUGACAAUAAAAUAAGUCCUAAAUUUAAGGGAUUGUUUGUCAUCUGUAGGGCCAUGAAAUGAGCUAAAACAAGCUCUAUAACUCGAUGCAUGCACACACUCCUAUUGAAUAAUAUGCAUUCACCUGUAUUGUGAAUAAACCUAGGCUACAUCUUGAUUUACCCAGUUUAUCAACAUAGAUCAACCUUUUAAAUAAAUUAUUACCAUUAUAUUGUUUUGUAUUUAGAUUGGUAAAAAACACAUUGAAAUUGAUUGUAUGACUGUAUAAUUGAUUCAUUAAUGCAUAUGUGGCUGUCUCCAAAAAAUGGACAUAAAAUGUUUAAAAUGUAAUGAUAUUAAACUCAAAAGAUGCCCAACGAUUGGACUGAGCAGAAGCCGAGUUUAUCUGUCUGGAUCAAGUGCCAUUCUGUGACUUUGGCUAAUACACCUUUUUUUUUUUUGUGGUAUUGUUUUGGAAUCGAGUAUAGUGAUGGUAUCGAGUAUUGUAUCGAGUGAUUAGUGUUGCACGGUAUACCAGUACCACGGUAAUAUCACGGUACCUAGACGUCAUGAUACUUAUGAUACCAACAUUUUAGAAUACCGUAGUACCGUUUCAUAUGAUACUGCUGACUUUUUCAGCCCUAUCGAUCCAAAGAACCUGCUGGCCCUGUUAUAAAAAUGUUAGAAAGUCGGUUUUGUUUAUAAAUUCAGUUGAAUUUAAGCAACAGCCACUACGAGUCUCUUGUAUGAGCAGGUCCAAUAAUAUCCACUUCACUGUUAUGGCAUAUCACCUGUGGCAGCUGUAAUCAACCAGCUGCAUCCCCUACCAGCCCUCACCUGCUUCUCUUGCGUCUAUUACACCUUCAGACCCGGAUGAGUCUUCUGUUGUUGUUAGAUUUAUACAUUUGUUACAUUGGAGCAGAGCGUAAAGCAGGCAGUGUUGAUACAUUGUAUCAUUUCAUCGCCUGUUAUAACAAAGAGCACAGAUCAGUCUGAGUAGACUUUGCCAGUUCAAUGUCAUGCAGCCUCUGAGUGUCAGAGGGAAAAUGGAGGACCGCUUCACGACAGGCAUGCUUGCAGCUUUACAGCAAAGAAAACGGCUUAUCUCUAGCCUAAACUGUAAAAAAACAAAUAUGACCCAUAUUACAGGAGAUGCCUUUUUUUUCUUUCUAUUGGGAUUUACCCGCAUUUUAUAUAAUUUCACAAACCAUUUAAACUAAUCCCGGGUCGCUAAUUAUUAGUUUGUUAACAAACAGCGUUGUUCAGUCAUGUUACCUAGCUAGCUAACAUCCUGGUAACUUGACAGUAGGUUUAGGCAACUUUGAUUGGCCCAGGAAGAAAGGAAAAGGGUCUGCUACUCAUGAGAGGGAGAGUGUGUGUCUGUGUUAACUGAAGAGUAAAGAAGGUUUCAUGCAGUGUUUUAUCCUUACUGACACAAUGACAUGCAGAUCAUUAUGCAUGUAUAUCACAGGAGGUUGGUGGCAUCUUAAUUGGGGAGGACGGGCUCGUGGUAAUGGCUGGAGCGGAAUCAGUGGAAUGGUAUCAAACACAUGGUUUCUAUCCGUUUGCACCGUUCCAGCCAUCAUUAUGACCCAUCGUCCCUUCAGCAGUCUCCACUGAUGUAUAUUCCUUCCUCCCAUUCCUCCGGACAAAUCACAGCUAGGCCUUUGCAAAUAUGAGCAAAUCAGCUAUUCUAUGCAGUAUUCUAUUAUACACUGAACCGUGUGAAGUUAAAUUCAGUGUGUUGUAUUGAGUAGCAGCGUGAAUUUCAGUGACAUUGUUUUUGGAGAACGUUUAGAAAAUGUGAACAAGCGUCCAGGAGACGGAGCGAACAGGAUGCUAGGCCACUGAUUACUUUCCACCAUGGUAUCGCGAUACAUUUUUACAUUUACAUUUUAGUCAUUUAGCAGACACUCUUAUCCAGAGCGACUUACAGUUAGUGAGUGCAUACAUUUUUCAUACUGGCCCCCCGUGGGAUACUACUCACUAUGGCGAUACUUGGCCUGGUAUUGUAUCGUUUGUCAAAUGUUGGUAUCGUGACCAGCCUAAUUGUGAUACUAAACCUGGUAUCGGUAUCGAAGUAAAAAUUCUGGUAUCGUGACAACACUACAUUAUACAACAGUUUACUACAGAAUUCUAUAGUAAGUACUGUAGUAUUCUAUAGUAAACUGUAGUAUUUCAAGUAUCAAGUUAUAAUGUCACGUGCACAAGUACAGUGAAAUGCCUUUCUCCAAACCCAACAAUGCAGUAAUCAAUAUGUUUUUUUAUGUGGGCAGUUUCUCUCUGCUUACGUCAUGUCAAAAUAAAAGCACACAUGCAGGGCUUUUAUUUUGAUAUGAGGUAAGCAGAGAGGAAGUGGGUCUACAACAGAACCACGCUUGGAAAGUCUGUUUAAUGUAUGUUCUAUUAGAUGGUUUUUCUCAAUUUCCCCCUGCAUAAGAACCAACCCUACGGACAAUCGGCAGAGUAAGUUGAAAUUGAAUUUUAUUUAGCUUCCGGUGACUAUUCCGUUUUUUUUGUAAGCUGAUUCCUAGCAACGCUAGUGUAAAUACUAGCGUUGCUAAAAGCAGCUAAGCAUGGGGCUGCUGUAAUGGUCGUUGCUGAUGUGGGUGUAGCCGGAUAGUAUUUUUGAGUUUAUGGCAAGACUACUGUAUAUGACAGUUUUACACGUUCUUCACAAUCUGGCCUUAAUUAAUGGCUAAAUGUACUCUUCAUCUCUACCGUGUACAGGCAGAAGAGGAUGGGCCACCCCUUUGAGCCAGGUUCCGCUCUAGAUUUCUACUUUUGAGGGAGUUUUUCCUGGCCGCUGUGCUUUCGCUUCUGUUUUGCUUGCUCUUUGUGGUCUAGGCCUGGUUUAUGUAAAGCAAUUUGUGACAUCACAGAUGUAAACAGCAGUUGUAAAAGGGCUUUAUAAAAAUACAUUUGAUUGAUUGACUGACUGAUUGAUUCACCAUACAAUUGGUUAUUGACACAUGCUAAGCAGGGAAACUUUAUCAGCAAGCCUCACUGAGGAUACUGUGAAAAGCUACAGGAAAAGUACUGAUUUACCUCACCACAGGUUUGAAAAGAGACUUAUCAGACUUUAUCUGUUGUUGUUUUCAGGAGCUAAUAUUUUCCGUGGAGGGUUUCAAGCCCUUCGGAUGGUACCUCACCCUGGUACAGUUUGGGUUCUACUCCCUGUUUGGACUGGUGGAAUUGCAGCUCACACAGGACAAACGGAGAAGGUAAACGAGGGAAUGGAAGAGAAUGGAAUUCAAUUAGGCCUCUACGCUUCAGCAAACAAAGAAAAGUAGGAGUGGUGUUCACCAACAAAGACGGGGAUCCAAAAGUAGGGCUUACCCGAGAAUAACCUCAACAUACUGACUAUUUCAUGGUUAAUGGCGUUGGAGCACUAAUAAAAAUAUUGAGAUUGACUAAAUCAUAGAAUUAUCAGUCUCUAUCCCGUUAACUAUUCAUAUUAUGUUAAUUGCUAUGUGCCUUGUCACUUCAAACAAUAUAACCUGUGAUCUACCACAAUACCUCUUGAUAUCAACAACACUUCAUCUUGGGGUGUAUUCAUUAUGCAGAUUAUGUUGCAAAACAUUUCUUAAAGGGAAGCAAACGGGGAGGGACCUACCUAAAUUUGUCCAAUAGAAUCUCUUCUUUUGCUCUGUUUGCUUCAGUUUGGUUCUUAAACGGUUUCUGUAUUCAGGUUUUUUUCUGGAUCAAAAAGGGGCUUAGGUGGUGGACGUGGCAAUGGGCACGGUCGCUGCGUGUACAUUUUAGAGGCCCCCAUCUUGCAGGGUUCAUACGGUCAUGAAAAUCCUGGAAAAGUCAUGGAAUUUUAAAAUGGUGUUUUCCAGGCCUGGAAGAGAUUGAGAAAAUGAUCAAAUCUGAAAUGUCAUGGAAAUGAGUUUCUGUUUAUGUAAUUUAUUUAGGGACAGUUGUAAAAUAUUUUAUAAAUUAAAUAUAAAUCAACAUUUCAGACAGGAUUCGAAUGACACUAGCGCAUCUGUGUUUGUGUGGAUCACCUGCAUAGUGUGUGACAAUAUGAUAGAGAACAGAUUAACUAGGUAGCCAAGUCAAAACAUAUCUUGUACCCUCUAAUUAUGUUUAGCUAUUAUUAGCAUGUAUUCAUGUUUUCGUCAUGUCCCAAAAAACUUGUGAAUAAGGCCAUACAAAGUUGAUUCACUUUUUAGAACGAUUCAUGUUAUUAAUUUAAAUGAAUAUUUUUAAAGAAACGUAUGAUUCACUUUGCCAUUGUAUUAGUUGGGAUUCGGUUCAAUCGUGGUGAAUCGAAUUAUGUGAAUCAAAAUAAUAAUUUCUGAAUCGUGAACAUUAAUUUUAGGGAAAAAUAUUAGAUUUAGCCUUUCUUUUGGAUUAUGUGGCUUCAAACCUUGUUUUGAAGAUACUUCCAGUUGAUUUGGGCAUCCAAUGUAUAGGACAUUGCAACUUAAUACAUGCUAGUCAGCCUGCAAAGUAAACACUUCUAAGGUAGCUAAGAUAAAUAUGACUAAACUAGAAAAGGUACAUUUCCUGAAAAUGUGUGGGCUUGCUUCAGCUGAAUAAAAAGAUUUGUAGCCUACCAUAGCCAUUGGAUCUUUGAUAUAUUGAAUUAGCGAAUUAUUUCAAAAGGCGUAAAAUCUAUUUGGUUACAAUGUUUUACAUCAAGGGUGGUCAACCAUCCUCCAGGAGAGCUAAUGGGUGUGCAGACUUUUAUUCCAGUCCCCCUCUAACAAACCACAUUUAGAAAUGGACCUUGAUAAACUGGCUCUGAUGUGUUUGAGCAGGGCUUGAUCAAAAUCCUGCACACCCAGUAGCUCUCCAGACUGAGGGUUGACCACAUGUGUUUUAUACUGUUGCCUAACAGGUAUUCUACUUUGUGGGGGGUUAAGUGCCUUGCUCAAAGACGAGAUGAUACAUGGAAUCAGAGAGCAGCCUCCCAGUGUCGAUACCACAUUACGCAUACUUUUUUAUACGUACAUAGAGACGCCGCCAAUUGUUGGUGAUGGAAAUUUGGUUAAAAGUAGUGGAGAAGUCAUGGAAAAGUCAUUAAACUCCAUCUGUCAAAAUGAAACCAAUUUCAUGAAGCUCCCGAAGAACAGUUAUUGUGCUGACGUUGCUUCCAGAGGCAGUUUGGAACUCGGUAGUGAGUGUUGCAACCGAGGACAGACGAUUUUUAAGCAGUACGCGCUUCAGCACUCGGCGGUCCAUUUCUGUAAGCUUGUGUGGCCUCCCACUUCGUGGCUGAGCCGUUGUUGCUCCUAGAUGUUUCCACAUCACAAUAACAGCACUUACAGUUGACCGGGGAAGCUCUAGCAGGGCAGAAAUUUGACGAACUGACUUGUUGGAAAGGUGGCAUAAUAAUAUAAUAUAAUAUGCCAUUUAGCAGACGCUUUUAUCCAAAGCGACUUACAGUCAUGCGUGCGUACAUUUUUGUGUAUGGGUGGUCCCGGGGAUCGAACCCACUACCUUGGCGUUACAAGCGCCGUGCUCUACCAGCUGAGCUACAGAGGACCACAUGUCAUGUCACGUUGAAAGUCACUGAGCUCUUCAGUAAGGCCAUUCUCCUGCCAAUGUUUGUCUAUGGAGAUUGCAUGGCUGUGUGCUAAAUUUUAUACACCUGCCAGCAACGGUGUGGCUGAAAUAGCCAAAUCCACUCAUUUGAAGGGGUGUCCAGAUACUUUUGUAUAUAUAGUGUAUUCAGCCAUGGAGCUGAGAUAAAUUUUUGCAGUUUUAAAGCUAAUUUCCUGCAAUUCUAUGCAUUUUCCCACGGCUAAUGCUGUGUUAUUUUUCUCGAACAUAAUAACAAAAUGAAUACUGCUGAAUUAAUUGUUUUUCAAAUGUUUUAUUCUCCCUGACUGUCUAGCUUUUAUUUUGGUGAAUGUUAGUUCUCAAAGAUGAUCUUAUAAAAACAUAUAUUGCUCCUUUAUCUUUUCUACAUACUUUAUAUCUGGUUUUAGUCAUUUAAGUUUACACUGAAAGCAUUUAUUUGUAUACACUGUUUGGAUUGUUUGGAAAAAAAAAAAAAACAAGGAUUUCAAUGGCAGAAAAAUCCCUGGUAUUGCUAGUUGUCACCUUUUUGUAUUUGUUUUUGUUGUCAUCCCACGAGGCUUGCUAAUUGCUCUUUUUCUCUUUGCAGAAUACCAGGGAAGACGUACAUGAUCAUAGCAUUUCUAACGGUGGGGACCAUGGGCCUAUCAAACACCUCACUGGGUUACUUGAAUUAUCCUACACAGGUUAUCUUCAAGUGCUGCAAACUCAUUCCUGUCAUGAUAGGAGGGAUAUUCAUUCAAGGUAAGUGGAAGUUGAUCUUUGUAUGAGAGCCGGUAUUCGCGAAGAGUGAGAGUAGGAGUGCUGAUAUAGGAUCAGUUUAGCCUUUUAGAUAAUAAUUAAUACGAUUGUAGACGAAGGGGACCUGAUCCUAGAUAAGUAGUCCUAGUCUGAGAAGCUUUAUGAAUAUGGGCCCUGAUCAAGACGUGAAAAUGCUGCCUAAUAAUGUUUGACUUUUGCAUGAAGGUAGUAAUGAACUAAACACAUUACUUUUUUUGGGGAAGGGGGUUAAGCCUAACUGUCAAUCAUAAGAGAGGCUCUUUAGAAACCUCCUGUGAGUGUCUUACCUCACACCCGUUAUGCCCUUACUUCGAAACUGACCACUUUUCAACUUUUAUUUUGUAGUUCUGUCCAUGCUUUGUUUUUGGGUUGUUUGCGAGUGUUGAAUUUCAGCGUGAGGAGGCCUAGUUCUCAGUACUCUGCCUUUCAUCUCAGAGACAUUGUCUUCAUAAAGGUUCCACAUCUUAGCGAUCAAACACUAGUUUUUUACCUUCCUCCCCCUCCCUGCAUUGGCGAUGUUGACCAUGGGUCCCCCAGGGGGACUAGUUGGAAACGCUACUGCGUUCACUCAGGAUGCCAGCGAGAUCUGAUGUGAACCCUUCAAAGGGGAGCAGAGAGGGAAUGAAAGCACGCCAGACCGACCUGCUGCGUCACCUUGUCACCCCCAAGGCAUCUAUCGGCCUGUUUGGGAAGACUCCUCAGUCUCCUCUUGUUUUUUUGUUGCAUUUUUACAUGUCCAACACCAACCAACCUCAACCCUCUCCUCUCUCACCCUCUGUUCUCUUCUCUCCUGUUUGGAUUUAAUUGAGUUGAAGAGUCCAGUAGGAAGUUGGAGAGGAAGAAAUCUCUCAGUACGGCUACACUUGUUCAAAGGGCCGUGUGCACCAGCCGACCUGCAGCCAGUGUCACGCAGGCCUCUCUCAACUCGCGCUGAUCUGAGGCAGAGCGGCGACUCGUCUGCCAAGUGACAUUCUCUCCUCUCUUCUCCACCGCUCAGAAGUGCAUCUAUCUAGCCAGCGUAUUUACAUUUUCCACCUGACCCAUAAGGAGGGGGGUAAAUACACAAGCGGCUUCUAGCUCCACCUAUUCUAUCGUUUCCCUGUCUUGUCACAAAGGGAAAUGCCCUCCGAAUUGCCCAAAGUUUAGUUUGUCUUUUGUUUAGAAGGUUUUCGUGAUCGGAUGUCAGUCAUGACAGGUGUCGGAUCAAUCGGAAUCAUAAGAAAAACGAUUUAGACACUGAGAUCCACUGACUGUAUUCAACUUUCCAUCCAAGUGAAACUUGUCAAUCAAGUCUUCCUUUUCUGGUAAAUUGUUAGUCAUCUGCUAUGGAGGAAUUCCCUGACUUUGUAGCCUAACUCCUCUGUUUUCUUCAGGGAAACGCUACAAUCUGGCUGAUGUAUCUGCUGCUCUCUGUAUGAGCCUGGGACUCAUCUGGUUCACCCUAGCUGACAGUAAAGUCGCCCCCAACUUCAAUGCAACCGGUAACAUGUGAAUCUGUUAUCUAUCUAGGUAUUGGUAUAGGAGCCUGUUGUUACAACACUGUUUAACUAUGGAUCAUUCCUUUCACCAUCCAAAUCCUUUCACUGUGAUUUUGUAUUUGAUACACAGCGAACCUUUUGUAUUUGAUACACGAAUCAAACUAAUCAGGAUACUGACAUUUAUGAGCCUGAGGCAAAUUAUGCCUAGUGGUUGUUACCUAGGCUGGGACUAAAGUAUUUUUAAAUGUGGAGUUUGAACUCCUAAAGAACUACAAAUAAUGCUUUAUGUAAAGAGUUUGACCUUGUACCACAUACAGUAUGUACAAACAUAUAGGUUUUCCCACACUCCAAAAGUAUAGGCACAGAAAAAAAAUCAUUUUUCAGCAAUUCAGAAUCCUCAAUUGCUGUGCUGUUAUUUUCCUUCCUUAUAAAUAUGGUGGUUAACCUGGUUGUAUCUGGUGUUUUAGGGGUCCUCCUCAUCUCUCUGGCUCUGUGCGCCGACGCUGCCAUUGGGAACGUGCAGGAGAAAGCCAUGAAGCUCCAUAACGGCUCCAACUCUGAAAUGGUACUGACGACCCGCCUUAAAACCAACUUGUUAUAUUUAUAUUGCAAAUUGUGUCAAAUGUCCUGAUUCACCUCAGAAAUGUGUCAGACUUAUGUGUGUCAUUUUGCUUGUGUUAAAGGUUUUGUAUUCCUAUUCCAUCGGUUUCGUGUACAUAUUGACAGGCCUGUUGGGUGCAGGUGGAUUGGGACCAGCAGUGGCUUUUUGCUCUCAGGUUAGUAGAACCCUCUCUUGUUAUACACUGGGUGUUUAAAACAUUAGGAACACCUUCCUAAUAUUGAGUUGCACCCCAUUUAGCCCUCAAUUCGUCGGGGCAUGGACUCUACAAGGUGUCGAAAGCGUUCCACCGGGAUGCUGGCCCUUGUUGCCUCCGAUGCUUCCCACAGUUGUGUCAAGAUGGCUGGAUGUCCUUUGGGUGGUAGACCAUUUUUGAUACACACGGGAAACUGUUGAGCGUGAAAAACUCAGCAGCGUUGCAGUUCUUGACACAGUCAAACCGGUACGCCUGGCACCUACUACCAUACCCUGUUCAAAAGCACUUAAAUAUUUUGCCUUGCCCAUUCACCCUCUGAAUGGCACACAUACACAAUCCAUGUCUCAAUUGUCCCAAGGCUUAAAAAUCAUUUUUUAACCUGUCUCCUCCCCUUCAUCUACACUGAUAACAAGUGACAUCAAUAGGGGAUCAUAGCUUUCACCUGGAUUCACCCGGUCAGUCUAUUUCAUGGAAAGAGCAGAUGUUCUUAAGGUUUUAUACACUCAGUGUAUUUCAUUAUAAUAGAUCAAACAUAGACCGUUCUGUAGUUAGCAUUUGUUUGAUGCACUCUGUAGAAAACAUAUAAAGUGGGAAAAGAUGGUGAUAUGACAAUCUAUUGAAUCUUUAUUUUUCUUUUAGCAUCCGGUGACAACAUACGGUUAUGCAUUCUUCUUCUCUCUCACGGGGUACUUUGGCAUUUCAUUUGUGCUGGCCUUGAUCAAACUCUUUGGAGCCCUGGUCGCAGUCACAGGUGAGAAGACCAUUUUGGUCUGGGCAAAUGUUUUGCUUGCAGAACCACACAAAGUAACUCUCACUCUCUUUUUAUGUCCAGAAGUGUUCAAUUUAACAGUCCGUAUAGUUUCCUAUUACUAAAAGUCCAUAUUUUACUUUCAAAAAAUGUAAUUCAGAAUAUUAUGAAUAUUUGGACCAAUGGAAGCUUGAGUUAGAGAAGUUCUAAGUAACCAUAUGGCUCCACAGAAAGAUUUCUACAUUCUGAGUAUCGAUAACCUUACUAACACUCUACAUUUUGACAUCAGAUUACUGAAAUGAAGCCAGAUCCGAGUGAUCCUAAUCUUAUUUAGAAAUUCUGGAAACCUCCAAGAUUCAUUUUGAGAUUAACUGCAAAACAAAUGUCAAAGUAAUCUCAUCAACAAAGUUAAGAUAAAUCUCUUUCCUAUAUAUCCAUUAGAUGUGACAGACGUUGGUUCAAGGUUGUGUGGUAUUAUGUUUCUCACUUUUCUAUCUUCUGUUCAUUUUAGUAACAACUGGACGUAAGGCUAUGACAAUUGUACUAUCCUUUAUGUUUUUCUCCAAGCCUUUUACUUUUCAGUAAGUCAUGUUAUCUUCAAUCUCUCAAAGUUUACUGUAGCUCAAUUUAGCCUACAUACUUUCAAGGUACUGAAAACAUUCUAACACGCCUCUCUGUUCCAUUUCCUUUCAGGUACCUAUGGGGUGGACUUUUAGUGCUGUUCGGCAUCUUCCUGAAUGUUUACAGCAAAAACAAAGACAAGAUGAAGCUGCCAUCUUUGGCGGACCUCAGGAAUAUGUUUUUGACCGGGAAGAAGGUCAGGCUGCUAUCACAGAACGUGUAGUAAAAGGGACCUGUGGCGGGCGGGAUAAACAAAUGUUUUUCUAACGUUCCUAUCUAACAUGGACCUAAUAACAGUGGGCUCCUAAAACAUUCCAAAGCCACAGAGCUCCACAGAAACAUCCCCAGGAGGAGAAAGUGGAUACGGAGCACUUGCGUGACUCUGAAAGGGAAGCUGACUCCUUAGCUAACCCAAAUAGCACAGUUUUGCACUGUAAGUGACUCUAUGACUUUAGCCUGAGCAAGACGAAGGGGGACGAGACGGUUGAAAGAGAAGCUAUUGACUUUUAUUGAACUGAUCAUGUCCGAAAUUGAAUGUGUACCAAAAAUAUAUAUAUCUUAAACAGCAUAUUUUCACCUGCAUGUGCCAGAAGACAAAAAACAGAUGUUUUACUCAAUCACUGUCUGAGAAAUGUGUCUUCUCAUGGUUUCUUUGUAAUUUAUAUCUGAUUGUACAAAAGACCGCUCAACAGCACAGUGACAUCUUGAAGUGUGGGGCGGGCUAUGCUCGGAAGUGUAUCAACGUGUCAACUGCCAUAUUUGCGAACCGUUUGUUUUGGGGAAAUGGUAGCUCUUUUUACAUUAAAAACAAAAUGGGAAGUUUAUCCAAAAGGUUUUUUUUCAUGUGUUUUCAUAUAUUACAGUGUAAGUAGCUAGCUUGCCAGAGCCGUCUCUUAUCCAUUGGCUACAGAGGGGGGAGUUGAACGGCUGCCAAGGAGCUUCUC